AUGGUGAGUUGAUUCGUUGGAAAAUAAUUCGAGAAAAUCCUAUAAUAUAUUCUUCUCCUUCUUCUCCCAUUUCACUCCCAUUUUCCCGUUGCCACGACGUCAUAUCGUUCAAAUUCCUGAUGUCAUUAUUAUCAUUUCAUGGGUCUCGAAGCGAGCGAAUUCAAAUUUCCCGUCCGCUAUCAUCGAAAUCGAGCUGUGUUAUCACCCCCACUUCUUUUUCAAAUUUUGCCAAAAGUUUUCCGGCCGCGACAUAACACACCCCCCGCGCGCGCGCGCGCGUGGCCUUUCGCACUGCCUCCCAAGGUCUCUUCUCAACCGAAAGGGACUUGGCAAGCUGCCAAGUAGCCUUUCGCCUGCUCUUCGCCUCAGCGCACUGGACCGAACGGGACCGACUCGGGUCAACUGGGACCACCGGACGGUCGCACGGCACUCCGAGCAGAUCUGAGAAGGAACGGUGCGCAGUGGGACGUCGGUUGCGUCAAGUGGCACAUGGUUUUGGGUUGCGAAAGGGGCUAGAGACGUCACGGACCGUUUUUGGGUCUCAUUUUUUCUAUAACGCUUUUCCCGACGAACCCGCGCGGUCUAGGUGCUCUAAACGGGUGAAAAUUUCCCAAAUAACUGAUAUUUUCCGUUUUGAAACUUGGCGCUUGGGUCUCGACACGAAAACUUUUUGAUUUGCUGACAAGUAAGAUAAAUGGGUCGGUGCAAAGGUCGUUUGUAAAGUUAAAGGGCUAGAGAACAACUGACAUGAGGUGAAGUCGGAUCAAACUUUUUCUCCUCGCGUGGGUCUCGAGACGAAGAUUGAUUACCGACAAUUGAGGUGUGCGCCUUUAAGGCACAGUACCUCCGGCGCGGGUGACAUUUUUGAUGGAUUUACUCGCAAAUUUUUCGAGACCCAACGAAAAAAAUCGUUUUGAAGGACUUUCUUUGUUUCUCUUGAUGGUCAUCUUUCGAAAUAAUUCCAAAAAAAAAUUCAAAAAUCCUUUACCAUUCGUAUGGUAAUUGGCACAUCUGUUUGCCUAUUCAGAUGACAGAUGGCUCUUUGCCGAAGCUUGGCUCAUUCACUGGCUCCGCUGCACAACAUCUUGAACGCGAAUUUUCUCGACGUCAAACACGCGAAUUUUUUUGGUGAUUUUCCUUCAAAAAAGUCUGCAAAUUCGCGUGGCGUGUACGCAGCGAAUCUCACGCACAAUUGCAGAAAUGGCAUUUUCUUUCGACUUUGGCGGCAAAUUUGUUCGCAUUUUCCGGAAGAGUUUUGUCGAAAAAAUUUGUCGCUUGACAGUUUUUGAGUGAAAAAGGCGCUCAAAAUCAACUCCCUCCCCUGAUUUUCCAGCUUUUUUGUGUAGAAAUCGAAAAAAUCAGAUUUUACAUGAAAUUUCAAAAAAUUUGAUAAAGUAAUGUUUUUCCUGCUAGAUUUUCGGUAUUUUCACUCGCCUCACUCUUAAAAAAUCGCGAUUUUUAAUUCACUGGUUUUUCGGCAAAAAAUCGCUCAAAAAUCACAAUUUUCUCGGUCGAAAAAAGUCGCGUUUUGCGCUGCAAUUUCGCGCGGCAAUCUUUGAACGCUCUCACUCUCUUUCUCCGUUCCGUCUCCUCGACGGUCAUCAUCAUGAUCUGCCGGCCGCCGUCAAUUAUCUGCCCUUUUACCAAUCCAAUCAAAUCUAGGUCAUUCCCAACCUAUCCGUACCCUCUUUUUCUCUCCAUUUCUCUCGAUUUUCUGCGAGAUUUGCGCUUUUUCCAUACAAAUAAUAUCAUUAUUUCGAAAGAGAAGACGUUUUUUUUUUUCCAAAUGAUCAAUCAAUAAAUUGUUUGCAGGCGCCUAAACUCCGUGCCCGUUCAUCGUCGCGCUCGCGCACUUCCGAAGGAUCAGCAGCGAGAAUGCCGCAGACGCCCGCCAAACUAGCCGUCGUCGCCACGUCAACGCCGUCGAAAUCGCCGGCGCGUGGGCGUGGCCGGCCGAAAAAGCCGACGACGGCGUCCGCCGUCAAAAACGAGCGUCAGGCGUCGAAAUCGGCGACGCCACGCAAAGCGGUAAUAGUUUUGAGCGAGUUUUCGAGCAGAAUAACACGGAAUCGUUUUCAAAAAAUGAUGAGAACAAUUCCGUUUCAUUCCGCCAAUUUGUUCCCAGGGAGGGGGCGAGAGAAGCAAAGAAAACGUCGAGCCACAACAACAACAACAACGAGAACGACGGCAGAAGAAGAUCCGUUCGAGCGGGAAUGGCUAAUUGAGCAGCUGCUCGCUCGGAGCACGAAGCCCUAACUGUCAACAACCGAAUCUCGAGAAUUUUGUUUCUCGGCUCGUUUUCGGUCAUUUCUAGGCAAAAUUUUCCUUUCGUUUGCGGAAUUUCAUCAAGUUUGCACAAUUUAGACAAUUCAAGUGUUUCACUCAUUGGAAUAUUCUAGAACAUUCCAGAACAUUCCGAAAAAUCCUGCCUCUUUCCUUUCCGCUAUAAUAGCGCAUCCGCAUAGGUCAGACUUGUUGAAAAAUACAUAAAAGGCAACCAUAUCCAAACUUUUCAAGGCUUCUACUCCCCCUUUCUCCUAAAAUUCCUCCCGAAUCCUCUCAUUCCAAUCGGUUUAUUUUUGCAGAACUCGCGUGCCGCCUCCCGUUCGCGGUCCCGUUCCCGCGGUCGUCCGGCCGGCUCGGCCACCGCCCCCGCAUCCGCAUCCUCUUCUUCCUUUUCCGGUCUUUCCUCGUCGUACCGUCGCGGCGCGAAGCAGCGGAAUACGAUCGAAUCGACGCACGAGGUGGCCGACGAGGACGAGGAGCCCGUGAGCACGCCCCGCCUACGCACCCGCACCGCACGCAGUCUCACUCAGGAUCCUGUCGCUGUGAGUUUGGCGUGAAAAAUACACUAAGAAUUGGUUGUUGGAAAUCUUUGUUGUCAAGGAAAAUUGGAGAGUUUCACUAGAGAAUCACUAGAGUUGAAAGGCUGUUUUUCUGAAAUGUUCAAUGGAAUGUUUUCCAUUCUGAAACUGCUAGAACAACAUUCGUUUUACAGGAAAAUUGACUUUCCAAGAAUAUCUGUUCAAAAAUCCCACUUCUCCCCUAAAAAACCGCUCAUUUUCUUGCAGAGAACUCCCCGAUCGCUCCAGAACACUCCGCAAAAGACGAUUCCGGACCGCGUCUCCUCCGACGCUUCUGGCUCUUCGUGUGCCCUCCGCGGAAGACUGUGCGGCGUGGCGACGGGCGUCAAGAACGGAAUUGUCAGAGUGGCCCAGCGGGUGCAGUCGGUGAUCGUGGCCGCCUUCGCACUGCUCCUCUCGCUGCUCGCCUUGCCGUUCUCGUACGUGCGCGCCGGCUGGAAGAAGGUGGCUCCGCGCGACGCGAAGACGGAACGUUGUCUGCUCGUCGCCCUUUUCGUCGUCGCCGUCGCCGCCGUCAUCUACGCGAAUCCGCGAUUCGUCCGCUCCACGAAGCUCUACUUCACCGAGCGCUUCUGGCCGGAAGUGCUCGUGGUGCACAACGAUCUGAUGAUCGUCCUGCAGGUCCUCUACCGCGAUUUCGACCGAUCCAUCGCAAUGUUCAAGAACGCCGGCGUGCGCAUUUGGAAGUGGGUGGCGGACGGAAAAACGGUCGACGUUUGA